UUUCCAUGUGAUGCUAGGGAAUUCAUUUCCUUGAUUUCAGAGUCUCAAGUUUAAACAGGAUUGCAAAAGAAUCGUUAAUGUCGGAAAAUGCUUUGUAGUAUUUGUUUUGGUUCUGGGUUCAAACCCAGCUGAGGUCAACUUUGUUUUUCCCUUUUUCGGUGUAGAUAAAAUAACGUAAUGUCAAGAACUGAGGCCGAUGUAAUCGACUAACAUCUCCCCUCAAAACUGCUAACCUUGAGCCUAAAUCAGAAAUUAUUAUUUCUCUUUACCGUAAUACGUUUACUACAAAUAUAUAUUAACUGAACAUCUUUUUAAAUAGAUAAUUUAGAGACUGUUUUUCAAUAGGCAUCAGCAUUUACAACUUUCCAUGUACCUAAAGCCAAUGUAGUCAUAGAAUCCUGGAAAAAAGUCACAGAAAAAAAAUGUAUUGUUCGACGUAAAAAAACACAAGACUGUGACAGUUUCUUCGUGACAUUGGUUGGAAUGUUCAUUGUUAAUCAUCAACUUUAAAAACACUGAUUAUAUACUCUACUCUAGGUACAAAACCUGAAAUAUGGGGAGGGGGAGAAUCGAUUACAUCAACUUCAGUCCUCAACUAGCACUUAUUUUAUCGAUUUCGAAAGGAUGAAAGGCGAAGUCCACCUCGGCGGAAUUUAAACUCAGAAGAGAGAUCAAAUACCGCGAAGCAUUAUGUCCGGCGCGCGCUAACGAUUCUGCCAGCUCAAUAAAUUGUAUUAAGAAAUUGAAGAAAGGUAUUUUAUCACGUAUGUGUAAGGCUAUCAUACAUAUACUGUGUACAAUUCAUGUACUAUCAGUUAAGUAAGUGACUUGAGAUAAUUUUUUGCGUUAUUCCUUUAACUGUUUAUAGUUAUUAAAUAAAAUGUUACUUUUUCCAAUAACUAUUUUCGGGACACCCCUUAAUCAAUAUAUGAAACCAAUACUGACCAGACCAGCUCAAACACCACCGUCGCAAAACACUGUUCUAUUAGUCAACAACGUUUGUCGACACGUUGCUAUGGCGGCAGCAGUUCAGAAGGCUUUGGCGUGUUCGCAACAACCACCCGUUUCUAUCCUUGUUGGUAAUGACGCGAAUUUCAUAACCGGUCAAAAAAUCAUUCCAAUCACUUUUCCCUACCUAGUUAUCUCUGGGAUUGAUGAAAUCCACUUUCAAAACUAUUACACAGCUUUACUUACAAUCAAAGCCAAGUUCCAACUUGCUAAUCAAGAUUCCAAAGUAUGGAAGACAUGUCUGAGAAAGUAUCCAUUAAUGCCAGCCCCACACUGUGAAAUUGGCUCAGAGAGCAACUUUGUGAUUGGCAAAAAACAGUUAAUCUGUGAAUUGACGAAUGUUGUUGAACUAAAAUUAAUUUUACUACAACCCUCACCUGUCUGGAUUGAUUUCUCUUUAGAAGAUAUAAAGCUGUUCAGAGGAUCACAGAAACCAGUUGACAAGGAGAUAAAGGACGAUGAAGAGGAACAUGAAGUUGAAAAUGACGAUGGUGAUGAAUGCAUGAAAUACAAUCCAUUUGGUAUGGAUCUGUCUGCUAUCUCCAAAACAAUGCAAAAGUGGUCCCUUGUCAAUCAGCCAUUGAAUAGUCGGUCAAAAGUAAAGCAGAUUAAAUACGAGAUAAAUGGUUCCUAUGAUAUCAAAUUGUUAUCAUAUAGUUGAGCAACACUCAAUGGAAUAUCUGAUAUCAAUGUAUCGUCGAAACAUUUCUGAAAAUCUAAAUCUUGAUGGAUUAUCCAACAUCAGCUCAUCACCAUCUAGCUGACUGAUAGAGUACAUAACAUCAACUUGUCAUAUAGCAGAAUAAAAUUCAAUGACAUUUGUGAUACAAAA